AACAGAGGGAAAAAGAGAAAGAAGAAAUAAAGAAAAAAGAAGAGUAAGAGAAAAUAAAGAAAAAAGCAGAGGGUGCUAAAGAAGGAAAAAAGGGGUUGGAAAAAAGAAAAAGAAGAAGAAGAAGUUGCACCACCACCACCGGCGGCAGCAACCUCCUCGCCGCGGAGGAAUCCUAGCUGGCGUGGCUCGUGUCCACCGCCUCCACCUUCCUUCCCUCCUCAGUUCAUUCAGAGUCCUCCCUGGAUGGGACGACUCCGCACACGUCUCCUCACCACGGUGCCACUGCUGCCCGAGAUUAUUUGCCCGACAGUCCAUCCGUAAACGGACUUAAUAAGGCUCCUGCCAAAGUCGACUCCCUAGACCUCACAGGAAUAGGGGGGUCGAGAUGAUCCGGCCGGGAUUGCGAUGGCUCGCGACCCUGGCUUGCCUCGCCACUUUAGUAAAAGGGCAAAAUUUAUCGGAUCGACAAAGGUUUCAACACAGAGGUGACAUUGAGAAACUUCCGAAUGCGGAUGAAGAUGAUACAUAUCGGCCUUAUGAAGAAGAACAACCCGACGAUUAUGAUGAUGGAAACGACAGGAACUACGAAACAUCAUACAAUAGCGGUUCCUCAUGGAAUCAAACGUACUACAAUAACAAUAGAGAAGGAUAUGGAGACUCGAGAAAUUAUGGCGAAACUUAUGACCGAAAUUUUCAUCGAGGUCAACAAGGCUCUUCGCAAUAUGAUCGAGAUCGUUACUCACCAUCGGGAGCGGAAAGAGAAGACGGCGGCGGAAGAUACGCGGUCUAUCCGCAUCCCGGAGGUGCAAAAAAUUGUACAGGAGGUGGAAAUUGCGCUCCGAAAUGCUACGCCGAAAAGGGAUCACGAGGUCCUCCUGGUACCUCUGGAAUUCAAGGACCUCGGGGUCAAACCGGAUUUCCUGGAAUAGAAGGUCUCGUUGGUCAGAAAGGUGAUAAAGGUGAUCCCGGCCCUCAAGGACCAAGAGGAUAUAAGGGUGAUCGAGGUAUGACUGGAGUUCCUGGAUACCCUGGAAUCGACGGUGUUCCAGGAGUUCAAGGACCACCAGGAAAUUCAGGUUUACCUGGUCGCGAUGGUUGCAAUGGAACUGAUGGACUACCGGGUAUUGAUGGUCGUCAUGGAGAACCGGGUCCGCGAGGUUUACCCGGAAUUUCAGGACCAAAAGGAGAAAAGGGAACGCCAGCUUACGUAGGACCAUUUCCGGUGGGAGAAAAGGGUGAACCAGGUCUCGACGGGGUCCGCGGUCCACCUGGAAAUCCAGGACCAGAAGGACUCCGUGGUCCUUCUGGACCGAAAGGAGAACGUGGACAAUACGGUUUACCAGGAAGUCUUGGGCAAAAAGGUGAAAAAGGUCACAUGGGUCUUGGCUUCGAGGGACCAAAGGGAGAUAAAGGUCUAAGAGGACCGCCGGGACCUCCAGGAAAAUUGGAGACAUCAACCGGAACGAAAACAACAGUCGGAUCACCAGGCGAACCGGGACCAAAAGGAGACCGAGGUGAUAGAGGUACAGAGGGACCAAGAGGAGAAGCAGGUCCUCCAGGUGAUUACGGUCUUUCAGGAGCUGCCGGAAUGAAGGGUGAAAAAGGUCUACCUGGAGUUCCAGGAGUUCGGGGCAGAGAUGGAUUUUCGGGUCCUCCAGGACCCCUUGGCUUAAAGGGUGACAGAGGUUACGAUGGUCUUCCAGGUCUUGAUGGACGUCCGGGAGCUAAAGGUCAUCCCGGAAAUGAUGGUCCAAUGGGUAUUUCCGGUAUUCGCGGACCUCCAGGACCACCUGGAGGUGGCAAAGGACGACCCGGUCCCCCGGGAGAAAAGGGACCAAGAGGUUUCCCUGGUCCAGUGGGACCCAGAGGAUCCGAUGGUUUCCCUGGCGAACCUGGAGUGAGAGGACCAAUUGGUUUACAAGGCGGACCUGGGCUCUCUGGAAUUCCGGGACCCGAAGGACUCCCAGGUGAAAAGGGACACAAAGGAGAGUCUGGUCUACCUGGAUUUCCAGGUGAAAUCGGAUCACGUGGAUUUGACGGAGCUCCUGGUCCAGCCGGACUCCGAGGUCCUCCAGGAGAAAAAGGACUAUCAAUCAUAGGACCCAAAGGAUUGGACGGUCUACCCGGCAACGACGGUGGAAAGGGCCAAAAGGGAGAGAGGGGUUAUCAGGGUGUAAGAGGUCGUCCAGGCGAUUCAUUGGAAGGAAUUCCAGGUUCGCCAGGAGCGCCUGGACAGCCCGGCGAAGUUGGAACAUCGGGAAAAGACGGUAUGCCCGGAUUUCCGGGACUUCCUGGCGAGAAGGGUGACAUUGGCGGAAGAUGCAUAGACUGUACACCUGGACAUCCGGGUCUCAAGGGAGAGAGAGGAUUUGAUGGAGCGCCAGGUAUUCCGGGACUUCGAGGACCACCUGGUGAACUUGGACCAUUUGGUGAACCCGGAAUAGACGGAAAUCCUGGACUUCAAGGACCACCUGGUUUUCCCGGAAAAGAUGGCUUGCCUGGAGCACCUGGAGGACAAGGACAGCCUGGAACACCUGCAUUUAUUUCCAGAGAUGCAUUGAAACCAAUUAAGGGCGACAAGGGCGUUCGAGGAGAUGCGGGACGUGUGGGACCCUUUGGUCCCGAAGGACCUAUUGGCGAGAAAGGAAGACAAGGAUACGAAGGAUUCCCUGGUCUUAAGGGAGAACCUGGAGAUCGCGGUUUUCCUGGUCAGGAUGGAGUCGCUGGAAGACCAGGUGCUCCUGGGUGGAAGGGAGAGAGAGGUUUGAGCAUAAAGGGAGAACCUGGAGAACCAGGUCGGGAUGGCUAUUUCGGAAUGAAAGGUGACCCAGGUUUUCCUGGCGACAAAGGACAAGCUGGUGAGUGUGCACCGUGCAACAUUACGGAAGGUCUGAAAGGUGAUCGAGGAGAGCAAGGUACGAAAGGUGAACCCGGACCACCGGGAAGAGAUGGACCAUCGGGAGAUAAGGGAGAUAUGGGUCUCGAAGGACUUAUCGGUGCUACCGGAUCAAUUGGACCACCAGGACCACCUGGUCCCAGAGGAGAACCAGGACCCAGGGGAGACAAGGGUAACAUGGGACCCUUUGGUUUCCCUGGUGAACCAGGAAAAGAGGGAGCUAGAGGAUUUCCUGGUCAGGCUGCACCCAAAGGUGUUAAAGGAGAACCCGGAGUGUCUGUCAAGGGAAGCAUUGGAUUCCCAGGACCGCAGGGAAUAAAGGGCGAGAGAGGACUUCCAGGACCACCUGGAAAAGAAGGGCCGGAUGGACCACCCGGUUUGCCAGGUUUCACUGGCGAGAAGGGGGAUGGCGGCGUACCCGGAUUGGACGGUCUACCAGGAGCACCUGGAGACAAGGGCGAUACUGGGCCGGUUGGAGCUGUUGGACCACCUGGAGUACCGGGAAUGCCCGGCAGUGAUGGAGUUAAAGGUGAACCUGGUCUCACUGGAGAAUCGGGUAGAGAAGGUUUACCCGGAUUCCCCGGAGCGAAGGGCGAAAGAGGCGAACUCGGUAGUGACGGACUGAAGGGCUAUCCAGGACGAAGAGGAUCUCCUGGUCUUCCAGGAACUCCAGGCGAAGAGGGUCGUCCAGGUUUGAAGGGUGAGACCGGACCGAAAGGAGAUUACGGAUUUCCUGGACUGCCAGGAAUUGAGGGAAAAGUCGGAAGACCUGGACUGCCUGGACUAAAAGGAGAUGUUGGAUAUCCAGGACCUCCGGGUCCACACGGUCCUCACGGAUUCGAAGGAAUGAAAGGAGAUCAUGGUCCUCCUGGUUUCCCUGGAAGAAAAGGAGAACCAGGUCAAGUUUCUGAGAAGGGCCAAAAGGGAGAAGUUGGUAUGCCUGGAAUUCGUGGUCCUAUGGGUCCACCUGGUAGAGAUGGACUAGAUGGAGUGAAGGGCGAAAGGGGAUUGGUGAUAUUUGGACGAGAUGGCGUGCCGGGUGUGAAAGGUGAUGCCGGAUUACCUGGUCGUCCAGGAUUAAUUGGACUUCAGGGAGAGAAGGGCGAUGCUGGCGUUCGUGGUUUCGUUGGUCAAAAGGGAGACACUGGAUAUGGGGGUCUUCCUGGAGAACCUGGAACACCUGGAAUUGAUGGUUUGCCUGGCGAUAAUGGAGAGAUUGGACCGAUGGGUCCACCUGGUUUCCCGGGACUGGUGGGAGAUGUUGGUCUUCCUGGAGAACCUGGUUUAGAUGGCAUCAAAGGAGACAGAGGACCAUUAGGUCCACCUGGAGCAUUUGGAGAUAUGGGACCAGAGGGAGAGAAGGGUGAUCGAGGACCACCGGGACUGACACUAAACACCAAGGGAAUGAAAGGCGAACCCGGUCUUCCGGGUCUUCCGGGUGACUUUGGACAGAAGGGUGACAGAGGUUUUGACGGAGUUGCCGGAUUCGUGGGCGAAAAGGGAGACAGAGGAGAAGUCGGUCUUAUAGGAAAUCCAGGACCUCCGGGUCCGUUGGGACCGAAAGGAGAUCACGGUCCAGAGGGACUUCCUGGUCUUACAGGUGUCACCGUAAAGGGAGAAAAGGGUCUUCCUGGUCGUUUGGGCAAGCACGGAAAGGACGGUUUCCCGGGAAUCCCUGGCGAGAAGGGAGAGUCAGGUUUGCCUGGAUUGCCCGGUCAUAAGGGAGAUCGUGGAUCAUACGGUCCAGUGGGUCCUCAGGGUGAGAAGGGUGAUUUGGGAUUAUCCGGUGCGCCUGGUUUACCCGGUCGGGAUGGUGCUCCUGGAAUUGAGGGAAUGCCUGGACUUUCUGGCGAUAGGGGACCUAAGGGAGAUCAAGGACCACCGGGACCUUUCGGUGUUCCUGGCCAAAAGGGUGAUCAAGGAGUGGCUGGAUUGAACGGUUUGGACGGUUUACCCGGCGAGAAGGGAGAUCGAGGCUGGAAUGGUCCUGACGGAAUUCCAGGCUUCCCGGGUGAAAAGGGUGAUGCUGGAUAUCCGGGUUCACCUGGACUGAUGGGAGCUGUCGGUUUCGCUGGUAUCAAGGGAGAUAAGGGAGACGACUGCGAAACAAUGCCACCUGGACCAAAGGGAGAUCGAGGCUAUCCGGGAUCCCCUGGAAUGCCCGGACUGGCAGGUGAGAAGGGAAUGUCUGGACCACCAGGUUUCCCUGGCAGAGAUGGGGCGAAGGGAGACACUGGAUUUGUUGGUCCGCCAGGAUCGCCUGGUUUGCCCGGACAACCCGGAUUAGAUGGACCCCCUGGACAAGCUGGACUUUCGGGUUCGCCUGGAUUCCCCGGUUCUAAGGGCGAAGCAGGAGCACCUUGUGAAAUUACUCCAGAUUAUUUGACUGGAAUUUUAUUAGUCAAACACAGUCAGAGUCAAACUGUUCCAACUUGCGAACGUGAACAUAUCAAAUUAUGGGAUGGAUACAGUCUCUUAUUUACUGAUGGGGACGAAAGGGCGCAUUCUCAAGAUUUAGGUUAUGCUGGCUCGUGUGUGAGAAAGUUCUCGACGAUGCCGUUCUUGUUCUGCGACGUCAAUGACGUCUGUCACUAUGCAAGUCGAAAUGAUCGUUCUUAUUGGCUCUCCACCAAUAGUCCAAUACCAAUGAUGCCUGUUGAAGAAUCAGGCAUUGAAGAAUAUAUUUCCAGAUGUGUCGUAUGUGAAGUGCCAGCAAGUGUCUUAGCGGUCCACAGUCAAUCAACUGCCAUUCCAGAUUGUCCAAAUGGCUGGUCCAAUCUCUGGAUUGGAUACAGUUUCAUAAUGCACACGGGCGCUGGAGCGCAGGGUGGAGGACAAUCUUUAUCUAGUCCUGGAUCCUGUCUAGAGGACUUCCGAGCAGUUCCAUUUAUCGAAUGUAACGGUGCCAAAGGACACUGCCAUUAUUAUACCAACGAGUACAGUUUUUGGAUGGCAACAAUCCAAGACAAUCAACAAUUCCAGAAGCCUCAAAAGGAGACAAUAAAAGCUGGAAAUCUACGAAAUCGAAUAAGUCGAUGUGCCGUGUGUAUAAGAAACACAUGAGAAAUUGUAAACAAUUUUUUUUUAUUCUAAUUAAUUCAUUAAAAAAAAGAAAUUUAUAAUUAAUUAAA